UAAACCAGCAUCAAAGCAAGGUUUCACUUUGCCCAAUAGCUAAAAUAUUCCUCAUCUUUCAUGCAUUAUAAACAUUUGAAACAAAGGACGGUAGCAUUUUCACAAACACAACACACAUUUGAUAACUUUACCUUUCAUCUAUCAAUACCAUGGCUGAAGCAAUUGUUUCUUUUGUCUUGAAGCAACUGGGUUCAAUUCUUUCUGAGCAGGCGUCUGGCUUCAUAAAAAAACAAGUGAGCCUUGUUGGGGAUGUUGAAGAAGAAGUUGACAAGCUUACCCACCACCUUCGAGCCAUUCAAGCUGUGCUAUUUGAUGCAGAGCAAAAACAAAUGAAGGAAGAAGCUGUGAGAGUAUGGUUACAUCGGCUGAAAGACGUAUGCUAUGACAUGGAAGAUGUGUUGGAUGAAUGGCAUACUGCAAUCCUGAAAUUGCGAAUUGAGGGAGGUCAUGAUCACAAUGCUCUUGCUCCAAAGAAGAAGGUGUGUUGCUUCUUUCCAUCUCCUUGUUUUGGUUUCAAAGAAGUUCUCUUACGUUGCGACAUUGCAGUUAAGAUAACUGAUAUAAAUAAAAAGUUAGAUGCUAUAGCCAAAGAGAAAAAUUAUUAUAAUCUUAAUGUGAUUCUGGCUAUUGAGAGACCUGAUAAUCAACAAUUACAAACUACUUCUUUUAUUGAUGUGUCUGAUAUAAUUGGUAGAGAUAAUUUGAAGAAUGAUUUAGUAAGCAAGUUAUUGUGUGAGGGUAGUGAACAAAACCUCCAUAUCAUCUCACUUGUAGGGAUGGGGGGAAUUGGAAAAACAACUCUUGCCCAAUUUGCCUACAAUAACAAUCAGGUGGAGAACAAUUUUGAUAAAAGAAUAUGGGUGUGUGUAUCAGAUCCUUUUGAUCAGUUUAAGGUUGCCAAAGCGAUCAUUGAGUCUCUUGAAGGUCAUACUCCUAAUAUAGUUGAAUUACAACCCCUUUUUCAAUGUAUUUGUGACUCAAUUAAGAAUAAAAAAUUUUUACUCGUUUUAGAUGAUGUGUGGACUGAAAAUUUCCAGAAAUGGGAACCAUUCUAUCAUUGUUUAAGGAAUGGUUGUCGUGGAAGCAAAAUUUUAAUUACCACACGUAAAGAGUUGGUUGCACGUAUGAUGAAUUCACAUGAUAUUAUGAAUGUUGGUGAAUUGUCUUAUGAGGAGAAUUGGUUAUUGUUCAGAGAGCUUGCUCUUUCUGAAAGAUCUCUUGGUGAGUAUGAAAAUUUAGAAGAAAUUGGUAGGAAAAUAGUCAGUAAAUGCAAAGGGUUACCUCUAGCUACAAAAACUAUUGGGAGUCUCUUGCGAUUUAAAAAAUCUAAAGAGGAGUGGCAACGUGUUUUAUGUAGUGAACUGUGGAAGUUGGAAAAUAUUAAAAAAGGUCUUUUAGCCCCUUUGAUGUUGAGUUAUCAAGAUUUACCUCCAAUGGUAAAACGAUGUUUUGUAUAUUGUUCCAUAUUUCCAAAAGAUUGUGGGUAUAUGUUUAAACAUUGGUUGAUUGAGUAUUGGAUGGCUCAAGGUUAUCUUGAGUUAGAAAAAGAUGGUGAGAAUGAGGAAAUAAUUGGUAAAGAGUAUUUUAACUGUUUAAUGACGAGAUCUCUCUUACAAGAGAAUAACUCUUGGUAUUAUAAGAUGCAUGAUAUAGUGUACGAUUUUGCACAAUUUUUGGGUAACAAUGAAUGUUUAUCCAUAGAAGUCCAUGGGGUUGAAGACCCACUUGCAAACUCUUCUCAUCACAAAGUUCGUCAUUUAAUGUUAUGUUUGAAAGGAGUUGGGACUUCAUUUCCUACAUCUAUUUGUAGAUUAAAAUGGUUACGUAGUCUCAUUAUUGAAUUUAAACCUGUUGUCAGUAAUCCUUUGACUAGUGACAUUUUAGUGAGGUUAUUUAAUGAAUUGACAUGUUUACGGUUAUUAAAGUUGGAUGCUAGAUUUAAUUUUGAAGAGAUUCCAAAAGAGAUAGAAAAAUUGAUACAUUUAAGAUAUCUUAAUUUGUUUUACCAACAAUGGGAACAUAAAAUAAAAUUACCUGAAAGUUUGUGUGAAUUAUAUAAUUUACACACUUUAAGAUUAGGAAAUUGUUUGGUCGAAACAUUGCCUCAAGGGAUUGGAAAAUUAGAAAAUUUAAGACGUUUGAAAUUAGACCUUUGCUAUCGUAGUCCACUUUAUAUGCCAAAAGGGGUUGAGAAAUUGACAGGUCUUCAAAAAUUAAGUGAAUUCGUCAUACCACGUGGUGGAGAUCAUGAUAACAAAGCUUGUAGUUUUGAAGGACUGAAAAAUUUGAAUCGUCUCGAAGGGACCCUUACAGUAAAAGGGUUGGGAAAUUUAACAGAUGUGAGCGAUGGUAAACUGACAAACGUAUUUAAGAACAAGGAAAAACUCAACGAGUUGGUUUUAGAAUUUUAUGAAAGUGAAGAAGAGGAGAGAUUAGGUGAGAAUGAUGAACAAAUACUCAAAACCUUACAACUGCCGCCAAAUUUAGAGGAUUUAUCGAUAUCCCGCUACAGAGGCAGCACAGUACCCUCCACUAAUUGGAUGAAUUUAACCAAACUGAAGAAGUUAGUACUUCGAGCGUGCUGCAACUGUAAGCAUUUGCAUCAGUUGGGAAAUUUGCCAUUCCUUAAAUUACUAAAACUAAAAGGAAUGUCCAGAGUGAAAAAAGUGGACGAUGAUUUUUGGGGAAUCGAAAGUAAGACCUCAUCAUCAUCUUCAUUGUGCGUUCACUUUCCCAAGUUGACAGAAUUGAGAUUUAGCAGCAUGAGAGAAUGGGAAGAAUGGGAUUGCAAGGUAGAGGAAUUCAUGCCAUGUCUUGCUGUACUGUUUCUUGCAAGCUGCCCCAAGUUAAAGGCACUGCCAGACCGCCUUCUGCAGAGGACAACACUCCAUCAUUUGCAAAUAAGUGGAAGUCCUAUUCUAACUGAACGAUACAACAAGGAAACAGGAGAGGACUGGCCCAAGAUCUCUCACAUCCCUGAUAUCAGCAUCUAUCGUUAGCUUGUACAAAGUGAGCAAUGACAGUCAACCCAGAAGCCACAGCCUCUGAAGAAAUUUCCAUUCUGGUUUCUGAUUGAGGCUAACCUCGUACUCCCAAGGAAGCAAUGAAGCAAGGAAACAGGUUAUUGGUAAUUGAUACUCUAUAUAGUUAUUUAAUGCUUCAUUUCAAAUGUUGUACUUGAUAAUGAUAAAUGUUACAGGGGUGGGGAAGAGUCACUUCAUUUGGUUACAAUGUAACCUGUUUGAUCUCUGCUUUGAUAUCCCAUGUAAGCUCUCCCUUUAAUUAUACAUAUGUAUUUUUUAGAUAUCUUUGGAAAAUUUAAUUGUCAUCCCAAACUAGCACCCUUAAUUUUGAAUUAGGUGGAGAAAGGAAGUUUAAUGCUUUGUGGCUUUCUAAUUUACUUUGUUCUUCUGGGAUGAGGUCUCUGGGAAGAUUUGCAGUUUCUGUGUUCAUCAGUUACUCUUUCUCCCCAACAAUGAUGGGACAUGAAAAAAUAGAAUUGGAUACUGCUACCUGCUACUUUCCCGAUCAAUGGCAGAUUAUGCAGCUUUUUGUGUGGAGUAAAUUCUCCAAUGAGAUCCUAUGGGGGCUUGUUUUUCAUCUUCUGAGUUUAAUAGAUAAGUAGCUGGUCAAU